UCUUCCUUUGCAUCCUUCCCUUCUUCGGCCUGAUGUCAGGGAGCGGCUGAAGAGCGUCGGUGUUUCGUGUCACAACGUUCGACUGAAACGGAUGUCUGUACAAGUAUACAAGAUCUAAGAAGAUGACUGCCAUAAAGCAUGCCCUUCAGAGGGAUAUCUUCACCCCUAACGAUGAACGUCUGCUGAGCAUCGUCAAUGUGUGCAAGGCUGGCAAGAAGAAGAAGAACUGUUUUUUAUGUGCCACAGCAACAACGGAGCGUCCUGUGAAUGUGAAAGUGGUGAAAGUGAAGAAAUCUGACAAGGGGGAUUUCUAUAAAACGCAGACCGUCUGGUUGCUUCAAGACCUCGCUGUGGUAGAUGCCAAAGAUGCUAUCAAAGAAACCCCAGAUUUUGACUUGCAUUUUGACAAAGUUUACAAGUGGGUGGCCAGCAGCACAGCCGAGAAAAAUGCUUUCAUCUCCUGUAUCUGGAAGCUGAACCAGAGGUACCUGAGGAAGAAAAUUGACUUUGCCAAUGUCAGCGCCCAGCUUUUGGAAGAACUACCUAAAGUUGCAGAAGAAUCUGUCCCUAGUGGGGAGAAUCAAAGUGUCGCCGGUGGGGAUGAAGAAGCCGCGGCUGAAUACCAGGAACUGAACACUAGAGAGAAGCAAGACAUUGAGAUUAUGAUGGAGGGAUGUGAAUACGCCAUCUCCAACGCAGAAGCCUUUGCAGAAAAGCUGUCACGGGAACUUCAGGUUCUAGAUGGGGCAAAUAUCCACUCAAUCAUGGCUUCAGAGAAGCAAGUCAAUAUCCUUAUGCAGCUCCUAGACGAGGCGUUGAAGGAGGUGGAUCAAAUUGAAGGCAAACUGAGCAGCUAUGAAGAGAUGCUACAGAGUGUGAAAGAGCAAAUGGAUCACAUUUCGGAGAGCAACCAUCUUAUUGAGCUCAGCAAGACAAAUAGUGAGACGCUUCUUGGCGAGAUUGAGUUUCUUGUUAACCAUAUGGACUUAUCAAAGGGUCAUAUUAAAGCUCUCCAGGAGGCAGAUCUUGCAUCCUCUCGAGGGAUUGAGGCCUGUACUAAUGCAUCCGAGGCACUUCUGCAGUGUAUGAAUGUUGCUUUACAACCAGGACACAAAAUGCUCCAGUCUGUCCAGCAGCAGCAGCAGCUGUUCAUUGACCUCCGAGAGCAGUUUGCACGCAGACUUGCCAGCCACCUGAACAAUGUCUUCGUCCAGCAGUUUACUCAGAUGUUCCCCCAGUUGUAUAGCAGGUCCUACUAUCUGUCAAUGGCUGGGCAUGAUCAGAGUUCUACCCUUUCUGUUGAGAUGACCUUGCCAAAUCACCAUCCUUUCCACCGAGAUUUGCUUCGAUACGCUAAGUUGAUGGAGUGGCUCAAAAACACGGAAUACUCAAGAUAUGAAGGGCUUAUGAAGAAUUACAUGGACUACAUUGUGCGUCUUUAUGACAGAGAGAUCAGGGACUUUUUUGAGGUUGCCAAAAACAAGAUGACCGGUGCAACUAAAGAAGGAAAGAAGUUUGCUACGUUGCCUCGAAAAGAAAGUGCCGUCAAACAGGAAACUGAGAGUCUCCACGGAAGCUCUGGCAAGCUGACAGGGUCUACAUCCAGCCUCAAUAAGCUCUCUGUCCAAGGCUCUGGCAGUCGCAGGUCUCAGUCGUCAUCGUUGCUGGACAUGGGCAACAUGUCGGCUUCUGAUCUGGAUGUUGCUGACAGAACAAAAUUUGACAAGAUCUUUGCACAGGUUCUAAGUGAACUGGAGCCUCUUUGUCUGGCGGAACAAGACUUCAUCAGUAAAUUCUUUAAUCUCUCCCAGCAUCAGAGCAUUACUCGGACACCCAUGGGUGAAACAGAUGAUGGUGAUGGAGGCAUUUCCUCUCGACCACUGACUACUGGAGUACAGCCAGCAGUGCCAUCAGAGAAGGAUAUGAUCCGGCAGAUGAUGACGCAUAUAUUUCGCUGCAUCGAGCCAGAACUGAACAAUCUCAUAGCUUUGGGAGACAAGAUUGACAGCUUUAACUCUCUGUACAUGCUGGUUAAGAUGAGCCACCAUGUCUGGACAGCAGAGAACGUAGACGCGGCUUCCUUCUUGAGCACCACGUUAGGAAAUGUCCUUGUAACUGUGAAAAGAAACUUUGAUAAAUGCAUAACCAACCAGAUCAAGCAGAUGGAGGAAGUGAAGAUCUCAAAGAAAAGCAAAGUUGGCAUCCUUCCCUUUGUGUCUGGUUUUGAAGAGUUUGCUGAACUUGCAGAAUCCAUCUUUCGAGUGACAGAGCGGCGAGGGGAUCUGGACAAAGCUUACAGUAAACUUAUCAAGGCCGUGUUUAUAAAUGUUGAAAAAGUAGCCAAUGAAAGUCAGAAGACACCCAGAGAUGUGGUGAUGAUGGAGAACUUCCACCACAUCUUUGCCACACUCUCCCGCCUAAAGAUAUCAUGUCUUGAAUUCGAGAAGAAAGAAGCGAAACAGAAAUAUGGUGACCAUCUGCAGUCAUAUGUCAUAAACUCUCUUGGACACCCCUUAGAAAAGCUAACCAUUUUCUUUGAAGGUGUGAAAGGUCGCGUUGCCCAGGGGAUUGGUUAUGAAGAAGUGAGCUACCAGUUAGCUUUCAGCAAGCAGGAACUACGGAAAGUUAUCAAGGACUAUCCCGGUAAAGAGGUGAAGAAGGGACUGGAUAAUCUGUACCGGAAGGUCGACAAACAUCUGUGCGAGGAGGAGAACUUGUUACAGGUGGUCUGGCACUCCAUGCAGGAUGAGUUCAUUCGUCAGUACAAGCACUUUGAGGCUCUCAUUGAAAAAUGUUACACUGGAGCCGGGAUUACGAUGGAAUUCACCAUCCAAGAUAUCCUGGAGUAUUUUUCUAGUAUUGCACAGUCUCAUUAGUGGCAAACGUAGUGCUUAACAGAAGGGACGCAGCACUUUAUAUAUUCUAUCUACUAACAAACCGUUGCCACUGAGGGCAGCAUCUUGUCUUUGGCUAUCUUAUUUUUCCUGCUAUUUUAUGCAGCGUAACUUUGAUAGCCAGUGUAAACCCUUGCUCCAAGCCACCAACAGGCAACAACCUUUGUUUUAACUUACUAUGAUGGAAAAAUUAUGUCUUUAAUAUGGAAUGCUAUGAAUUUGCUUCUAACGAGGAAAAAAACAUGACUCUAAAGUGAUUGGAA